CGCACCGCGGAAAAAAAGGCUCUGGAGAAUCGGCAGUAGGUUAGAAAUGGCAAAGAAUUUGCCCAUGGGAACAUCAAACAUCACAGCACAUCACUUUUGCUGUCUCCGUCCAGAUACUUCCUUUGAAAUGCCAAUAUAAAUGUUGUCGAUCCUUGGAGAAGAAGAACUACCUCAUCCCAGAUGGGAAGGUGCUCUGUGUCUGAAAUGAAGUUUUAUGUUGUAACUCAGUGAAAUCCACUGGAACCGGGGUGCUGAGAACACACCAGCACUUGUUCACUGGAGAUCGGUUCUUCAACUGCAUUGACACUGCAAGGGAUUCACUGCAUCUGACAUCAGACUUGAUGAAUCACCCGAGAAUUGGUAGUAGAGAGAUAUCAGUUACCUAUUCUUUGUAUGGGAGGGAUCUACUCAGUCAUUUGCCGAGAAGACACAUCAGCAAGUUCACUCCAUAGUGAGAUUGUUCACCUGUUCUGACUACGGGAAGCAAUUCAUUCUGUCAUCCAAGCUGAGGAUACAUCAGAAAAUUCACACCGGUGAAAGCUGUUCACUUGUUCCAUGUCCGGGAAGAGAUUCACUCACUCAUUCUACCCACAGACAGACCAGUAAGUUCACAAGGGAGAGGGACUGUUGCGUGUGUGGGAAGGGAUUCCUCAGCCAUCUGAUCUGCUGACGCAUUUCACACUGGGAACAGGCCGUACAUCUGCUCAGAUUGUGGGAAAGGAUUCACUCACUAAUUCCACCUACAGACACAGCAGUCUGUUCACACUGAGGAGAUGCCAUUCACCUGCUCAGACUGUGGGAAGGGGUUUCUUCACUCAUCUCAACUGAAGGUACAUCAGCGAGUUCACACUGGGGAGAGGCCGUUCACCUGCUCAGACUGUGGGAAGGGAUUUCCUCAUUCAUCUCAGCUGAAGGUGCAUCAGCGAGUUCACACUGGGGAGAGGCCGUUCACCUGCUCAGACUGUGGGAAGGGAUUCACUCAGUCAUCCCACCUACAGAGACACCAGCAAGUUCACACUAAGGAGAGACCAUUCACCUGUUCCGUGUGUGGGAAGGGAUUCACUCAGUUAUGCAACCUACAUGCACACCAGUCAGUUCACACUGAGGAAAAACCAUUCAUCUGCUCAGACUGUGGGAAGGGAUUCGCUCGGUCAUCUCAGCUGAAUGUACAUCAACGAGUUCACACUGGGGAAAGGCCAUUCACCUGCUCAGACUGUGGGAAAGGUUUCUCUCGGUCAUCUGACCUAUUGGCACACCAGUCAGUUCACACUGGGGAGAUGCCGUUCACCUGCUCGGAAUGUGGGAAGGGAUUUCCUCGGUCAUUUCAACUGAAACUACACCAGCGAGUUCACACUGGGGAGAGGCCGUUCACCUGUUCCGAAUGUGGAAAGGCAUUCAGUCAGUCAUCUGACCUAUUGGCACACCAGUCAGUUCACACUGGGGAGAGGCCGUUCACCUGCUCAGACUGUGGGAAGGGAUUCACUCGCUCAUCUGACCUAUUGGCACACCAGUCAAUUCACACUGGAGAGAGGCCAUUCUCCUGCUCAGACUGUGGGAAAGGAUUCUCCCGGUCAUCUCACCUACAGAUACACCAGCGAAUUCAUACAGGGGAGAGGCCAUUCACCUGCUUAGACUGUGGGAAGGGAUUCACUCGGUCAUCUCACCUGCAGACACACCAGUCAGUUCACACUGGAGAGAGACCAUUCAUCUGCUCAGAAUGUGGGAAGGGAUUCACUCGGUCAUUUCAACUGAAGGUACAUCAACGAGUUCACACUGGAGAGAGGCCGUUCACCUGCUCACACUGUGAAGAUGAGCUGACUGCAUUUAUGCCUGAAAUGUUCUUCAUCCCUCAAAUCUCUGCGCUGAGGCAAAAUUACAUUGAUACACUAGCAAGUUCACAAUGGGGCAUGACUGUUUAUCUAUUCCGUCUAUGGGAAGCGACUCACUCAGUCCUCUGUUGAUAUGCACUGGGGAGAGACCGUACUCCUGCUCAGACUGUGGGAACAGAUUCGCACAGUUAUCUCACAGCAUGAGGCAGCGAGUUCACACUGAGAGGCUGCACACCUGUCCUUUGUGAGCAAACAGCUUUGCUCAAUCAUCCCACCUGCUCUAACGCCAACAAAUUGAGUUUAAAGAACUCUAUGUUAAAUAUUUAACCAUCACGUUCAGUGAAUCCAUUUGCAAGUUCAAGAGUGACUGUUGGUGCCAGUUAUUGCUGCUGUUCAUCACACCUGGAACUGAACCCUGGUCACUGAGCACAGGAGGGAUUUGUUUUCAUGACAUGAGCCUUAAUUGGACUGGAGUUUAAUAUUGUGGUUCUGUCAUAAAUAAAUAAUUUAUAUUUUAAACCUCAUUCUUUAAAUCAGUUCUUUCUGUUGUUUUUAAAUUGCAUGUAAAUCUAAACAAAACUGUGCACAAUUUACAUGCAAAUUGCUGGAGACAGCAUAUAUGGAGGGCGAUAAGCAGUUUGACCUUUUGAUCUGAGACCCUUCAUCACCUGCUCUCUGGGUUUCCUUGUUCUCCCACUUCACCUCAGCCUCUUGGUUACACUUCUUGCCAGUCCAUGCCUCACAUUUCAGAUUUCUUCCCAGCCCUUUCUUCAGGUUGCUUAUUUUCCUCUCCCCCACAUCUCUGGAUGCCCCCCAAGUUCCUGCCUCUGGGCUGCCCCCAUUCUUUCUCACCCAUCCUCGAUUCACUAGAUUGCUCAGUUCCAGCAUGCCCACUGAAUUUGGGACUCCCCAACCACUUCACCACUGCCUUCAUCUCUUCGACCACUGGGUUACCCUACCACUUUUAAAUCCAUGUUUACCCCUGACUAUGGGUCACCCCUCCCCAUCCCCUUUUAAUCAGUCACCCCACUCCCACUCAGUGUUACCCUCUUCACCCCUCCUCCUCUUGGCUCCAUCCUGUAUCCCACAGCCAUAUCCUUCAAGCUCUUUUUGGAUAGUCACCUCCCUAUCCUUUGGUACCCCGCUUCCCACCCCUAACUCACAGUUGCCCUCUCCCUCCAUCUGCCCUUACUCCCACCUGACCCACUGCAUUUGGAUUGCUGCAUUCUUCCCCCACCUUUGUGUUGGCCUCUUCCCCAAUGUCACUGGGUCACGUCUUUUCUCCCCUUUCUGCUACUCAUCCUUCCACACAUUACUCAUGGUCUCCCAUUACUCCCUCCCCUUUCCCCUGUCUCCAAGUCUCCCUCCUUCCACAGUCUCUGAGAUGGCCCCUUCACCCCAUCCCAUUUCCCCACAUUCACUCCAUGUUCUCUGCACUCCCUCCUUAUCUCCAGGUGACCCCUUCCCACUGACAAUGGAAUGUCCCCUUCCUCCUCCUAUUAACCCUAAUGCCAUCUUUGGACACUGAAUCCCUUCCCAUCUUAGGAAAGGACCACUCCCACUGUUUUUUUUUGGAACCUCAUUCUCUCUUGAGACUACCAAGCACCUUCCUUUUCCAGGACGCAACCCCCUCCCCAUCUCUGGGACAUUACCAUCACUCCUUCCCUGCGUCUCUGUAUUUGUCCUUUUCUUUCUCCCCCGCCCGUCUCUGGGACAUCCCUUUCUCCCCCCGAUCCAUGCCUGUGAUGCCUAUUUCCUCUCCCUUCAGCACCCCCUCCCACCCACCAUUUGUAUUUCACCCAACCUAUAAUCAUCUUCCACCAUUCAUAAUACCUGGCCGGGGGCGCCCCCAUCCCUAUACAUCAUUACUUUCCACAUACUGUAUGUAGAAGCCCCGUUUCCCACUGCUCCUACCAGUUCCCCAUUCUCUGUGACGUACCAUUCCCUCAUCAUCCUACCCUUGAAUACCUCCUUACUCACCCCCUUCUCCUGUCUCUGGCUUCAAUCACCUGCAUUCCCCUCCCCCACUCCCUUUCUACCAUCUCUGGAUCACUAUCUUACCUUUCCUCCAACUAGGGUCCCAUCUCUGGGUUGCCCCUGCACCGUCGCCUGUGGUACAUAGCUUUCCAUCUUCACUUUAUCUCUUGUGGCCCUCUAUCUAUGGGAUGCCCACUCCCAUUCUUCCGUAUCUGGGACACCCUGCCUACACUCAUUCCUCCAACUCUGGGAAGUCCUAUUACCCAGACUAUACCACAUCUCAACACACCAUCCUCACACCCUCGCCCCCACUGCUGAGAUGCCCAUCCAGUCGUUUCUGGGUCAUCCCCUACCCCUUCAUCCGUCUGCUUUCCCCCCUCCUCAGCAUGUUCCCUCAACCCCAUUUUCCUCUUCCACACUUCCAACCCAUCUACCUCCAACUCUGAUGCAGCAUUUCUCCUCUGCUCCCUGUCUUUAGGACACCCGUUUCUCCCCACUGUUCUCUGUGAUGCUCCAUUCCACGUCCAUCUGUGGGAUGCCCCUUUCUCUCUCCCCACUCCAUUUCUUGAAUUCCCCCUUCUCUCCCCUCCAACACCCAUCUCUAUGAUCCCUCAUUCCAUCCUCCUUAUCCAUCCUUUUCACUCUCAGUCUCUGUCAUGCCCCUACCUUGUGUGAGAUGACCACUUCACCAUCACACCUCAUUCCCCUGUCUCUUCAAUGCCCACACCAAAUCAGCUGCCCUAUUUCUGGGAUGCUAUCUUCCCACCUCAGCCCCGUCCUCAGGGACGCCCACUUUCCACAACACUAUAAUCCCCUGUUCCCCCUUUGUUCUGUACACUCAUCUAUGUUACACCUCUUUCUCCUUCCUGGCUGAGAAGAUCCCACCUUACCGUCCCUGUGAUAUUCCCUUCCUCCUCUAAAACCUCGCAUCUCUGAACAUUGUGUACGUCUCCUGUUUCUAGCACAUCCCCUAAACCCCCUCCAUUCCUGGGAUGCACAUUCCCACUUUCCCUGUACCCAAUGUCGACUGGCAAGUCUUCUUCCCCUACGUUACCUCCACACUGAUAAGCACACACAUGCAUGCAUACCCCAACAUAUCGACACUCGUACACAUACACCAUGAAGCAUGUACAACCACCUGCCACAUGUGAACAUGCCGACAUACACACAGGCGUAAACUUACACAGAUGUUGGUGCAGCCUCUCACAACACUCUUAAGUCUGAUGGCAUUUCUGACCUCAGAGCUGGUUAACUAGGGAAACUUCCCUGAACACAUUUGACAAACUUUAUCUCACCCAGUCCUUUGACAAUAUGGGAGUCGCUGUCAAUAUAUGGAAAGUUAAAAUUACCUACCAUCACAACCUGAUGUUUUUGCAACUGUCUGCUAACCUCUACGUAUUUCUAAAGGGGCUGGUGAGCAGCCAGAAGUCUUGUUACAUAUUGGCACCAAUGACACAAGUAGGAAAGCAAGAAGGUCCUCAGGAGAGAAUUUAGGGAGGUAGAAAGAUGGAAAGUAAGACCUCCAGGGUAGCAAUCUUUGGAUUGCUGCCUGGGUCACGCGCAAGUGAGGGUCAGAAUAAAAUGAUUUCACAGAUGAAUGUGUCACUUGAGAAAAUGGUACUGGGGGCAAGUUUUCAUAUUUCUGAAUUAUUGGGAUGUCUACUGGGGAAGGCAUGACCCGUACAAAGAAGAUGGGUUGCAUCUGAUCUCGAGGAGGACCAAUAUAAUUGCAGGCAGGUUUGCUAGAGCUGUUGGGAGACCUCAACAGCUCUAACAAACUAGGGUUUCCCAACAUUUUUUAAUGCUGUAGACAAAUACCAUAAAGCAAGGGAUCCAUGAUUUGGCAGGGUGAUGGGGACUAGAAACCAUGAAUUGUGUUCUUUAUUUUCUCUUGUGCAUUGGGUAUUGGUCUUUUUAUUUUUAUUCUUUUUUUCUUUAAGUGGGUUAUUUUGGGUUUCUUCCUCUGUGACUACCUGUGAACAAACAAAUCUCAAGGUUGUGUAAUUUAUACAUUCUUUGACAAUAAAUGUACUU